CAUGUGAUUGAUUUCCUUCUCACACACACCAUGGAAUCAUGGAGCAGGUAUAUCUCGAAAAUAACCACUACGAUCCGGCACUGAAGGAGCUUCUGGCCAGUGGUGGCGUCUCUCUAUGUGCCACCGUCGCUGUCUGUUGUGGCAUCACCCCUUUGCUCGAGGAAUUCGUAUACCGGGGAUUUGUCCUCACGUCUCUGGCUGCGUAUGCAUCUCCUCCGUGGGCCAUUAUCACCAGCUCGUUGAUUUUCUCUCUGGUUCACUUCAAGGCACCUGAAGAGACGCUAGUGCUGUUUGUUUUCGGCUGCAUUCUGGGAACCGUGUAUGCAAAGACUGGAGACUUGGGUGCUUGCCUGGGAAUUCACUCGCUCUACAAUUUAUUCAUCGUAUAUUACACACUAGUGGCGUGAUCAACUUGUGUCCCUGGCGCACCUGGUGAUGACGGAGCAGCCCCGGGCCGAAGGUACCACAGCCGUCUGGUUGCUGCUGUUGAUGCUGAUGCUGCUGCAGUUGUUGUUGUAGUAGGAAAGGCCGCUCUGUGGCGGGCAGGGGACACUGUCGGCCACCAGAGAUGCGUAGCUUAUGUAGAGGGGCUGGGAUGCCUGCUGCUGCUGUGCUCCCAGCUGCUGCACAAGGAGGGCAAGAACAAGAGAACAUACUAGCGCCUUCAUGUUGCAAAGAGAUCUUGCUCUCAGUGCCUUCGGGAGACGGCUACUUAAAUCGUCGGGUGGAAGUGAUCGUGCAUCGACAUGCGACGCGACUACGCUGGGAGGAAAAAGAGGAAGCACACGUCUUUAUUUGUAAAUUCUGUAGUGUAGAGAGGGUGGUGGUAGUGGUGGGUAUAAACAAAGGUAAUUAUAAAACAUGAGCGCU